AUGUCAAGAGAAGGUAAUCGUUUGGGCGCAGAGGAUUUCAAUAAAGGCUUGGAAGCUCUUGAUAACGAGAUGGGAAAGGAUGAAUGGCUCAUCGCAUUUGCACCUAUCACUUUACUUUCCGCAGGCGGCUUCCUCGCUGUCAACUUUCUGAAAAACCGAGAAAGUACCCAAGAUCUUGACUACCUCUUGGAGCCCCAGUGGGCGCAUGACAACGAUGUCAGGGAGCCAUUGCACGAUGCUAUGGUUAGAGCAGCAAGAGGUAUAGGCUUUAUUGAUGACUGGGCAAAUGAAGAGAUGGCAUUUUUCGUCCCGGAUAAGUCUAGGGAACUUUUAUUCGAAGAGGCAGAGAAACAAAACCUUGUCCUGUGGGAAGGGAGCCAUCUUCGAGUUCUCGCUGUGCCACUGGAGUGGGCACUAGAACGAAAGUUGAGAAGGAUCCACAACGAUAUGCAAAGUAGUAAGCGAAAGACCGAUAUCAAUGAUGCUCUCGCACUACUGAGGCACCUGAAGAUGCGGAAUGGUGGCCUAUUAGAAAGAGAGUAUAUUCGGACCUUGAAUAUAUGCUCCACUGAAAAGGUACCUGACCACGCGACGAUGGAGGAGAUUGCCGCGGCCUAUGGCAAGAAGUAUCACGAGGAGGCGUUUGCUUAG